CAGGCAAACAGCGACAGUCGCCAACUGGCAGCCACACCCGCUGAAUCGAAGUCGAAGUCGAAAUCGAAAUCGUGAACGAGAUCGAGAUGGAUAUCACAUAUGCCGUGGAGAAUGCACACGAUGAGAAUAUAUUGACGCAUGAUAUGCCAUUGGAGAAGGAGCUUUGGAAUUUCCAGUUGUAUUUGUCGUUUAUGUUGUCACUGUUGACACUCGAGCCGCAUCCCGAUGACAGUCUCAACUGCGAUGAGGAGACUCUGCGAAUGCGACAGCAAUUGCUCAUCUACAAGGCGGAGGUAGAUGCACUCGAUCGCAAUGCCGACGACUACUACGAAAAAAAGGAACGGCUGAUCUUCAAGAUCUUUUGCGAAUUUCGCGGCCUGGUCUAUGACCCUGAAACGUUGGAAUGCUGCUGUGAAUACCCGGAGAAUGAGAAAAAUAAUUAAUUAAUUCAUUGAUUA